CUGAUAAUCUUCACUCCAAAGUCGCUGCUGCGUCACCCUGAAGCCCGCUCCAACUUCGACGACAUGCUGCCAGGCACCCACUUCCUCCGCAUCAUCCCCGACAGCGGCCCCGCAGCCCAGAGCCCUGAGCAGGUGAAGCGGGUGCUGUUCUGCACUGGCAAGGUCUACUAUGACCUGACCCGCGAGCGCAAGGCCCGGCAGAUGGAGGCUGACGUGGCCAUCACCAGGGUGGAGCAG